UACUGCACUCUGGGUGUGGUCUUUCAACUCGAUUUUGAGGGGAAAUCAUUAUUUCCCAAACUCUGAAAACAUUACAGGCGUAUUUCCCAAAUGAUUUGACGUUGAAAGAAGCGAAGAAGAACACUAUUUGGAAUGAUAACUAUACGGUCAACUGAUUUUCAUACGUAUAAUGGUCACGGACUUGUUUCAUCUCACUGACGACGUCAAACGUUUUGGUUCUUUGGAUUCAUUUUCAGCCUUUCCUUAUGAAAAUAAUAUGUCAAUGUUUAGAAAAUAUUGUAGAAAACCAGGUCAACCUCUUCAACAGUUUUUUAAUAGAAUGGCAGAGAAACGAAUCCAUGAUAAUGCCUUUUUGGAAUUGUACAUCGAUUGACAAUGUUUGAGAGAAUCAGUUGGAAACGUUGCAAUACAUAGUCGCUGCUAUUAUACAUACGAAGAUGUCCGAACGACCGAAGCGAGUUGCCUCGAAACCAUCACGACGUCGGAUGAGGCUCCUCGGAAGCGGAAAAAGGUCAACGCCCCAGCAAUCAGCGCUGAAGAUGUCCAGGAUGACGUCCAGGACAUAAGGAUGAGUCUUCAAAACAAUCCUAAUUAUUUUAAUAAUAAUAAUAACAAUAAUAACAAUAAUUAUUCAACAUAUUCAUCAUCGCACACAUACAUUCCACCAGACCAAAACAUUCAAUCACACAUCUCUCAAUCAAACAUUCAGUCACCCGUAGCCGUGCAAUCAAACACGAAUUUUCAAUUACACACUCAAUCGGACACGAACAAUCAAAUACAUAUGCGCACUGAAUCAUACAUAAACCUUCAAUCAAGCUCAUUAUCUCAUAACACUCACGCAUUACAAGCAACACAAUCACUCACACAAAACUCACAAUCUCAUAACACUCACGCAUUACCACCACUCACACAAAAUUAUGAUGCACCUCACGUCGAAAGGCUAAGCUACGCCGAUAAUAAUUUUGUGGAAUUGCAGAACCAACGUGGAAAUUCCAGGGAUGUAUCUUUUCGAAAUUGGGACAACGAUAUUGGAGGAGCGACGGCAUAUGAUUAUCCAUCAAUACCACAUUCAUCAUCGGCACAUCAUUUGACGCAAUUAGAAAAGCCGGACAAUCAACGAGUAAAUUCCACCAUGGAAAAAAUUUUGAGAUGCGUCCAGGAUCACCAUCGCGCACCACAUAAGCCGGUCAUCUUCCCUAUACCAAUCACUUCUAGACAUGGAUGCGUUUGAAGGAAGCAACGAGGAUAAUAUUCCAAUGCCAUAAAUUAUUUCCGACACAUUGGCGGCUUUAAUUUAAGAGAAGCUGUAAAUAUCUGCCUGAAGGAAAGUUUGAAGGAUGCCAUCGCACCGUCGUUUACAUGGUGGGGC